AUGGCUAAGGAGAAAAGAACAAAACCAUGUUGUAAUUGUAAAAGAUCAAAAGUAAGAUGUGUAUAUGAAGAAAAUUUACCAUGUCAAAGAUGUUUAAAAACAGGUCAAGCUGCAACUUGUCAAUUUGUACCAAAAUUACCUUCUUUAAGAUUACCAAGUCUUGAAUCAUCUACUGGUCAUGUUGUACCACUACCGUUAAAUUCACAUCAUUAUCCUCAAACGCAAUAUGAUUCGUUAUCUACCAUGUCCAAUAUACCUUCAAUGAUACCGACAAAUAAUCAAUAUUUACAAUUAAAUCCAAAUAGAAUGCCUCUACCUCAUCCUGGAUCAACAGUUCAAUUACAGCAAAAUACAAAUACAAAUACAAAUGCAAAUGAUGGAGAUAGAAUGUCACACAUGGAAAAAAAACUAGACUCAUUUGAAAGAAAAUUUGAUAAGUUCAUGGAUUCGUUUAACCUACAACAAACUCAAUAUAAAGAACCAGUACCCCAAUUACAACAACCACGAACCACGUAUCAAAACGGAAUGAAUAUGAAUAAUCUUAUAAAUCAGUCACCGUCAACUAAUCAAACACCACAACCAGAAAUAGAAAACUAUAAAAAACGAAGUUCAACAGAUCCAGAAACCUCUCCUAGAAAAAGGAUUUCUCCCUUGCAUAUUGAUAAUAACCUAAAAGAUUUCAGAAAUGGUUUUCUAACGAAGCAAGAAGCAACAGACUUAUUUCGUUACUUUGAUACAAAUAUUUCACAACAAUUAUUUGGAUUUGAAAUAUCAAAGUUUAGAAUAGACGACAUUUGGGAAAGUUGUCCAGUAUUAGUUUGUGCAGUAAGUACAAUUGCAUCAAUCCAUCAUCCGAAAUUAAAUUCAAAAUCAUCACAAUUACAGAUAUAUUUAAGGGACCUUUGUGGAAGUUUAUUUUUUGCAAAUAAACCAAAAAAUAAAUCAGAUGCAUUUAAUACAAUAGUUGCAUUAAUAUUAUGUAGUUUUUGGUUAUCUGAUUCUCAAAUGUUUACUGGGUUAGCUUUACAAAUUGCCAAGGAAUAUGGAUUGAACAAUCCAAAUUAUGGUCAAAAUAAAGAAGAUUUAAAAUUAUGGUAUUUACUUUACGUACUAGAUGGUCAACAAAGUUUAGCAUUUAAUAGACAACCAUUAGUCAAUUCACAAGAGUAUUCAUUAAAACAUAGUAGAGCAUUGUUAGUUAAUGAAGACGAAAAGAAAAUUUCAAAUUUAGAUAAACAAAUAACAUAUAAAAACAACUCAACAACUAAAAAGCCAUCAGAUGAAGAUUUAAGGAAACUUUUAUUGAAACAAAAAUUAACAGAUUUAAGAUUAGUUUCACAAGUUGAAUAUAAUCAAGCAUUAAGUGAAGCUUUCAGAGGUGAUGCAUGGGAUUUAUUAGUACCUUCAUCAUUUGGUAUCCCAUCAAAAUCAAAUUUAGAAUUAGAUAAAUGGAUGGUUUCAUGGACUGUGUUGUUAUCACCAGCAAGUUAUGGAGCAAUAUGGUCAACUAAAAGUACAUUAAUCUAUUAUAAUUUUGCUAAGAUGCAUAUUAAUUCUUCUGCUGUUAGGCAACUAACAAUGAAUCCAGAUGAUGAGAAUUCAUUACCUAAAUGGAACGGUGCAAUAGAUCUGAAUAAUUCAACAGCAACAACACCUACUCCACCACCACCCCGACCACAACCAAAAGAACAGCCACAAAAAGAAGAAGACUAUGAUUCAGAUGAUUCAGAAUCUUCUCAAGAUGAAGAAGAAUUUAUUUCCAACCGAGAAUUAUUAUCACCAGAUGAAGCAGCAGUAAAUGCAAAUAUAGCAUUAAACGCAGCACAUACAGUUAUAAAUUUGGUCAUAAACGACAAAGAUAUAUUAGAUAACUUGAAAUACGUACCAGUUCAUGUACAUAUAAUGUUAUAUUACGCAGCAUUAUUAUUAAUCAACCCACCAUCAAAAUCGAAUAAUAUUUCAAUUGAACUAACACCGGAAUUAUAUUACAACAAUUUAUUAGAUAAUUUGAGAACUAUAAAUAUCCUAAAGAGAAAAAUUUAUAGUAAUCUACCAAUAGAUAUGAAAUUCGGUACAAGAUUAAUCAAAAGUUUAGAAGAUUUAGAAGGUGAAAAACUAAAUGAAAUCAAGAAUUUUUCAUACAACUUAAAGAAUCAAGAUCUGAAAAAUGAAUUUGAUAAAAAGAUAGAUACAUUUAUAGAAACUAGUGAUAAUAUUCAAGAACUAAUGGAUUAUAAUGAUAGUGGUGGCGAUAGUAGUAGAGCCUCUACUCCAUUACCUGAGAAAAUAAGUGCUUGGCCAGGUUCUCAUCAUGGACAUCCAUAA